AUGAAGCUAUUCUCAUUACAGAUACUUUAUAAAACUGACACAUCAGCUAAAUUAUUACAAGCUUCACAUGAACUAUCGGACUUCGGUUAUUUUCAGCGAUCCAGUGUUCGAGAAUUUAUGGACUUUACUGCUAAAGUGGUCUGUGAACGAACAGCUCGUUGCCAGCGUGUACAAAUUAAACAACAAGAUUAUAUUUGCCAUGUUUAUGUUCGUCAUGAUAAUCUAUGUGGUGUACUAAUUUGUGACCAAGAAUAUCCUCCAAGGGUUGCUCAGACGUUAUUAACCAAAGCCACUGAAGAUUUCGCACUCCAAUGUCCUGCAUCCACUUGGGCAAAUAUGACUGUCGGAUCUGAUCCAUGUAAAAAGAUCCAUGAAUAUUUACAGAAAUAUCAGAAUCCUACCGAAGCAGAUGGUUUAAUGCGACUUCAGAAUGAAUUAGAUGAAACUAAAGUUAUUUUACCAUGUGUACAGCAUAUUUAUCUAACCAGUCCUCAUAAACUACGCAUAAAACAAACUCAUGGAAAUCACUGGCAUUUGCUAUGGCUACCAAAUAAAUGCAACUUGAGUGUAAACAUUGUUGCAGAUCUAUUUACGUAAGUAAAGAAUGUCUCAGCCUGCAUGUCACUAACAAGAUUUCAGUCUCGUAGGAGGAAUAGAAACAUAUUACUUGUGUGUUUCCACUAUGGGAUCCUACAUCAUUUUGUGGAGUUGAUUGUAUAUCUGUCAGAAGUUACACAUGAUAAGCACGUCUUAGAUUUCAUUAGUGUUUAAGGAAUUUAAGAAACCUGUAUCUUACAAUUCAACAUAUUUUAACCGUAUUUUUUGUGUAUUGUGUCGCUUUACUAAGAAACAAUUGCUGGUGAGUAGUUCGCCCUCAUGAGUACUUACCGAUCAAUCAUAUUGCUUUA